AUGUUGGAACGGUUUCAUGCAGAGGCUAUAGGAGGUCAUGAAGGAGCCCUAAAGACCUACAAACGUUUGAAUCAAGAAGUUUACUGGAUUGGCAUGCGAAAGGAUGUGGUGAAGUUUAUAAUGCAGUGCAAGGUGUGUCAAGAGAACAAAUACUCCACGCUCUCUCCAGCAGGUCUCUUAGCCCCUUUGCCAAUUCCGGAACAGAUUUGGAGUAAUAUUAGUAUGGAUUUUGUGGAUGGACUACCUCUAUCAAAGGGAUUCAGCGUAAUCAUGGUGGUGGUGGAUCGCCUUAGCAAAUAUGCACAUUUUAUUGCGCUGAAGCAUCCGUACACGGCGAAAUCAGUUGCAGAAGCCUUUAUUAGAGAAUCCGAGUUGUUCCGUCUCCAAGGGGCGGCGUUACACAAGAGUACAGCGUAUCAUCCUCAAACCGACGGGCAAACGGAAGUUGUCAACAGAUGCUUGGAGACAUACCUCAGGUGCUUUGCCGGGAGAAAACCGGGAUCGUGGUUGCAGUGGUUACCUUGGGCCGAGUAUUGGUACAACUCAUCGUACCACUCGUCGAUCAAAACAUCACCAUUUUUUGCAGUUUAUGGCAGGGAGGCUCCUAAGAUCAUCAGAUAUGGGGACACUCCAACACCUAACGCCAUGGUGGAAGAUCUGUUACGAGACAGAGACAGCCUGCUUACUGAGCUCAGGGAGAAUAUGGAGUUAGCUCAGAAACAGAUGGUGAAAAGCGCCAAUAAACACAGAAGAGAUGUAGAGUUUGCGGUGGACGAUUGGGUUUAUCAGAAGUUACGUCCGUACAGGCAGAGUUCAGUGGCUAAGCGGAGGAAUGAGAAGCUGGCUCAACGUUACUUUGGACCCUAUCAGGUGGUGCAGCGUGUAGGGAAAAUGACGUACAAAUUGGAGCUUCCGCCGCAUAGCUUGAUCCACCAUGUGUUCCAUGUGUCGCAAUUGAAGCUAGCGUUACCAACCAACCACACUGCUCAGGAGAUCCCACCGAUUCUUACAGCAGAGUUGGAAUGGGCAACCGAACCGGAGGAGUUACUUGACAUAAGGAGAGCGGGACCAAGCCAAGAGACAGAGGUGCGAGUUAAGUGGAAGGGAUUGCCGGAGUUUGAAGCGACUUGGGAACCUUUGCAAACGGUGGCAAAUCAAUUUCCUCAUUUCAACCUUGAGGACAAGGUUGGUCAUCUGGAGGGGGGUAUUGAUAGGUUGAGCAUUCCUUUGUCAUUCAUGAGAAAGAAGAAGCGAUCACAAGGAAGGAGAGCUCGCAAAUGGGGAAAGAACAAUUCAAGUGGCUAA